UAUAUUUACUUAAAAUAGCAGUUAUAGCUAAAUAUUAUGUCAAAAUGGCAUGCAAGUAACUAAGUACUCAAUUAAGAGUCGCAUAGCACAAGCGAAUCAACAAUCAAACCAUUGACCAUGCCUCGGAUACGCACGGUUUGUUUCUAGUAAUAGAACCCUUCAUGAGUUUAAUAUUUUUAUUUUGUUGGUUAAUUAGAAUUUGAACAUGGCAAAGUAUAGUAAAUCAACACAAACAAGUCACAUUGAACAAUGUGAGAGCAUCGGUCAAGAAUGGCUUCUGAUGAAAGGAGCACAAGAGCUGAGAGCAAACGAUAUACUGGUUGAUGUAGUACUUAUCGUGGAUGGAGUAAAAUUGCAGCCGUGUCACAAGUUCGUUCUUGCCGCAAGUUCGCCCUAUUUCAGGGCUAUGUUUUCCCAUGGAAUGGCUGAACAAAAUAAAAAGGAGAUUGAAAUCAUGGAUGUUGAUAGACGUUCACUUCAACUAGUUCUGGAUUACAUUUAUACUUCGCAAGUAUCGAUCAGCGAUAAAAACGUCCAGGGAUUAAUGACAACAUGUAGCCUUCUUCAGAUAACGGGAUUGUACGGCAAAUGCAGAGAAUAUAUGAUAAGAAGACUUGAUAGCACGAAUUGUGUGUCAGUUUAUCAAUUCGCCCGAUCUAUGUAUUCAACAAAAUUAGAAGAUGAAGCAUUUCGGUUUAUUGCGAGAAGAUUCAAAGACGUUUCCAAUAUGGAGGAGUUUCUAAGUCUUAGCAAAGAUGAAUUUAUUGAUGUCAUUUCAUCCGACGAUGUUUGGAUUACAAAAGAGGAGUAUGUUUACGAAGCUGCAAUCCGAUGGUUAGCGGGAAAUAUCUCAAGGUGUUGUCAUGUUGCAGAAAUUUUUUCACACGUUAGAUUUGCACUGCUUGAUGAAGAUUAUUUAGACAGCUGCGUGUUGCAAGAAGAAAUCAUCUUGGAAUAUCCACAUCUCCGUUCUCAAGUCGAAGCCGCAAAAACGUACAUCACAAAAGCAAAAAAUCUUCAAAAUAAGAAGAACACAGAAGAGUUUUAUGAUCAAACAUCAUCGGAUGUGUCGGAAAACUCGGAUGUAGAAAGUCGUUUUCCUUCGUAUACUAUUUCGAUUGAGGGACUAGAAAACACAGUCAGGAUACCUUUAAAUUUAAGACCCAGGGCUGGAAUGAACACAAAAGAAUAUUUGUUAUUUACAAAUGGCAGGAAAACGUUUGUUAUGAAUCCAGACUGUUCAGCGGAAUAUUACGGAUGUAUGGACAAUAACCAUACUGAUAUUAACGGCAAUCGGGAAGAACGUUCAGCGAUUGGUUGGUCACCAAAUCUUCCACUCAUGAAGAACCCUGAGGCUUAUGUGGCAACGGAUGGAACAACCUUUCUGUUAGGUGGUCUCGAAGUAGAAAAGACGAUGCCGCCAGACGUACGAACGAGGGUUUACACGCUUGAACAAGAUGCUCUCAGCUGGACAGCGUGUACGUCGAUGCCAAUUCCGCGAUGUAUGGCAGCAUACGGUGACGGGUGUGGGCACUUUUACGUUUUAGGAGGCAAAGCUCUCGCCCAGGGCGAAGUCGUAUCAACAGUCCACAAAUACAGUAGAAUUGAAAAUGAAUGGGAAGAAGUUAACCCAAUGCCAAUUGCAGUUUAUGGCCACGGUUCAGCUUCAAUACACGAUAAAAUAUACACCAUUGGUGGGAAAACUACCGCUAAGGUUUUACUUUCCAAUGUCCAUUAUCUUGAUUGCGUCACACACCAAUGGACAGAGAUUGAAUCGAUAACUGUUCCAAGGUUUUUACAUGGAGUUACAGUGAAUCGAGAAACAGAGGAAUUUAUUGUCGUAGGUGGUUCGAGCGAGGAAGGUGUACUAAACAGUGUCGAGGUAUUCAAUUUGUUAGAGCGAAGAUGGAAAUUCGGCGAAAGUUUCCCCGGAAAUCGAUGUGCUCAAUUUGUAACAUAUUUCAAGGAAGAGCUGCACGCAGUUGGGGGCUACGUUACAGAAAGAACUGAUGGUGGUAGAUACGAAUCAAGAGAAAUGCAUGAUAUUUUUGCUUUGGAAGAUGAAUCGAAUCAAUGGAUAAGAAAAACCAGGAGAGUCAGGGGAACUGUUGGAGGAUCUCUCGCAUGUGUCAAAGUGUCAUUGAAUGUAACGAAGUUACCUCGCGCUAGAACUGCGUAAUGAAAUAUUUAAAAAUAUAAUCAAUAAAUACCAAAAAUGGAUGGAAA